UUUUUCUUUUUUUUUGUUGUUGCUUUUUUGUCUAAAUUAUCUAAACUUUCAGAAUGUUUCAUUGGUAUACAAUAAAUAUUUUGUAAUUUUGAGCAAAGAAUAAUGUUUUAAAAUAUGAUUUUAUUUGUUUCUCAUUCCCUAUGUAUUACUAUCGGAGAUUUGCACUGGUCGAGUCCACCUAGAAAAAUCACUCAGGUGUGACAAUCACAUUUGGGGUAAAUACGGGUUGAGUAAAUUAGGCUACCUGAGAGAAAUAUGGCGGAUAAGAUGAGAAAUGUGUACAUAUUUGGAAUGAGAGUUCCAAAUCCCCGCAUGCAUAACCCGGACGCAGUUUACCCCAAGAUUGAGCGGAGGUAUAAAUGUCUAGGUGUUGCGUGAUUGGCUAAUAUCAAGAGUGAAAUUAUUUGGAAUUGAAAGAAAUAUUAUAGAGGUUCAAAUUAAUUGUCAGGAUGAAAAAUUAUCGCACAAAAUCGAGAAAUGACUAAGGAAAUUACCAUGGUAGGGGUGUGCUUAAAAUGAAGGGUGUAAUUUACUGCAGAUUGCUAUGUGUUGUAAAAAUGUACAAAUACGGCUUAUAAAAGGCACGGGACCAUUUUGUCGUUUUUUAUCAACACUUGGAAUGAACUUUGAAAUGUUUGCGGUCAUUUGUUUCAAAUUAAUAUAGUUAAUUAGUGAGAGGGCCAAAGGUUAGCAUUGAGGUCUAUGGGAAAUGAAUUGGUACUCUUUUCCCAUUUAUUAAUUCAUGUCAGCUUUAAUAUUUAAUUUAAAGCGUUCUCUAAGGGGAAUAACUCUAAUCAUUUCUUUUUAGGUCAAAAGGUUAAUGGCUGCGCAAACUGAGUGUUCCGCAUAAGACCAAAUUUUCGACUAGAAAGGACUGCUGAGAACAGAAAACACCGUUUCAUGUGACGUUAUUUGUUGUGAUAUGAGAAUAGUCCCAGAUUGGAAGCAUAUGGCUGGUCAUUUAUGGAAUUAUACUCUCUGUGUCCAGAGCAUUCUUCAUCUGCAUCGGCCAAUGACUAAACUGUGCCUAUCCUCUAUAUUUUCAAUCAGCAUAGCUGAAUUUUUCAACAGCAAUAAUCUUUAUCCUGAGAGCCUAUUAAGUAAGAAAUGCUUGAACAGGAGCAAGAUAAAGCAUCAAGAAAACGCCAUGAAUCCAGGAGCAGUGUGUCAAACUUGUCUACCUCAUCGGAGGGAACCUCCUCAUCUAGCGACUCUUCCAUUUCGAUGCCCCCCGCUCCAGACGGGGGCUAUGGCUGGGUAAUUGUGCUCAGUGCAUUCUUUGUGAUGGUUAUAAGUGAUGGAUUUACAUUAUCUUUUGGUGUACUUUUUACGGAGCUGUCGAAGGUCUUCAAAGAAAGUAAAGGUGUGACGUCUAUUAUUGCUGCCUUAUUCUAUGGAAUCCCACUGGUGUGUGGACCUAUAUCCAGUGCUAUUGUGACGAAAUUAGGAUGCAGGAAAGCCCAGAUCAUUGGAGGAUUGAUCACAAGUGCUGGCAUCUUAGCCAGUGCUUUUGUGGAUUCCAUAGGCCUUAUCUGUUUUACGUUUGGUUUUGUUGCCGGAUUCGGUCUCUCCAUUGGAUAUGUAAAUUCAUUAGUGAUUGUGGCGUACUAUUUUGAGAAGAAGCGAUCCCUGGCGACUGGCCUGUCCGUUUGUGGAUCUGGAAUCGGUACAUUUGUAUUUGCUCCCUUUCUAGAGUUCCUCAUUGAGGAGUAUGGAUGGAGAGGAUCUUUCAUCAUUCUUAGUGCUGUAACUUUGAACUUGGUUGUUUGUGGAGCAUUGAUGAGGCCCUUGGAAUUUACCCCAAUGGAAGAAUGGAGAAGAAAUUUAGAGAGAUUCGAAAAUAUGUCGAGAACAAUUUCAAGAGCAAGUCUGCAUGAUAGAAGUCGUCAUGUUAGUAAUUCAGAAGAGCUGAGCUCGGAUAGUGAAAAUGAAGGUUCAGUUCGGAUAGAGCAGCUUAGCCAUUCUCAGGUACAACUUCCAACUUUUAUAAAGAAAUCCAGAAAUAUUCCUAUCGAAAUGUUAAGCGACAUCCGAAAAAAUGGCAGCAAUUUUCAGCAUAGUGUGAAACAAUACUUUCAAAGCUUGGAUACUGACAACACCACAGCAAAUAAUGCAUCUAAUCUGGACACGUCACCCAACAACAAAUUAAUGGUCACUAGUGAUGAUCAUAUUGUUUUUGCUAAUGAAGAUGGGAAUGUUACAGAUCAAGUGGUCAAGAGAAGGCGCAAGAAAAAACAGAGUGGCCAGAAAAAGAACCCUUCUCCUCAGACAAUCAUGCAAUACUAUCCAUUGUAUAGAAAAGACCUGUUUUAUAGGAGAAGUUUGACAAGAUUCACAACCACUCCUCAGAUCCGGUCCAGAAGCUGUCCAGAACUACACAUGGAGAUGUUAGAGGACAGUUCUGAUGAAGAAGAUGAUGACAGUUGUCCUUUGCCAAGGCUUCUGCGAUUAUCUAAACACAUCAAGAAAAUGUUUAAGUUGAUGUUUGAUUUCCAGAUCAUGAGAAAUCCCACUUUCCUUCUCUUUGUGUUUUCUAACUUCAUAUUGUACUUCUGGUAUGAUAUUCCAUACGUGUUUCUGAAUGACAUUGCUAAAGAAGAAGGCAUAGAAAAUCCGGCUUUCAUAAUUUCGACUCUUGGAAUUGUGAAUACCCUAGGACAGAUUAUAUAUGGAUUUAUAGGGGACAAAAAUAUAGAUCUGACAUUGCUUUAUGGCGUGUCCAUCAUCCUCUCAGGCUUGGCUGUGAUGGUUGUGCCAUGGUUCAUGUCUUUCAUACCACUAUGUGUAAUAGCAGGUCUUUUUGGAUUAUUUAUCAGUGCCAACUAUGCAUUGAGUACUGUGAUUCUGGUGGAAAUUGUUGGAAUUGACAAGCUGACCAAUUCCUAUGGACUGACCAUGAUGAUGCAGGGACUGGCCAAUAUAAUAGGCCCCCCUGUAGCUGGUUUGCUUUAUGACAUGUCGGGAUCCUAUGACCAUACCUUUGUAGCUGGAGGGAUCUUCAUUGCAUUUUCUGGUCUUCUAUUGAUCUUCGUGCCAAUUGGAAAAUGUCUGAAAUCUCUUAUUACGAGAAAACACUCUAUCAGCAGUAGAACUCCAAAACAGCGAGAGAUUCUGAUGGAGAAUGGAGAAUGCCAGGAAAACUUGGUUUCUUCAAACGCAGAAACUUCUGUUUAACCUUGUUAAGAAUUUGUUAUAAUGUUUGUUCCAUUCGGGAAACAGAUAUCUUCCAGUACAUUUCUCCAUUGAUUGACUAUAAGUACAUACACUGCUUGCGUUUUGCAUAUUCAUCCCCUCCCCCUCCCCCAUCCCCAUUUUCUAUUUCUUAUUUGUCCUUAAACAUAAUAUUUGAAAUGAAACUUCUUGCUUGUAGAUGCCAAAUAAUAUAUACUAAAACAGUAUGAUGAUCUGAAUACAUACAAGUAGAUUAUCUGAUUUUGUUUUUUCGUAUCUUAAAACUGAAUUAAGUAUCUACUUCAAGCAUAAUUUCAGGGGAGGGAGGAUACUAAGUCUACCUAAUACCCGGUGACUUACAAAUUUGUCCUGGUACAGUUUUGGUGUGUAAGAUAUCAUUAUAAAGGACCUCACUGUAUCUACUAUAAGGAAGUCUACAAAUUCUCACGUGUAAUUUAGUCAUUGUGUUAAGUGGUUUGUGAUAUUCGUAUCAGUCACUUUAUAUCGACAAAUUUUACAAACCAUUUAGCACAGGUUGUUACAGAAUUUUACAAAAUAAUCUUUAGUCCCAUCUUUAUUACCAUAGCGUUUAUGGGGAAAAAAAAUGUCCUAACAAUUAUAAGUUUGCAGGAUGACACAUCAUUAAAGUUAUGUUUUUGUUAUUUCAUAUAUCCCAGGGAAAUAGUAUUUUGACUUGCCAGUACUGUAUUUUUAUAAUGUUAAUUGAUCUUGAUGUUGUGCGUCUUGUUGAAAGCCUUGUUGAAGUCUUGUUGUGUGUCCUUGUUGUGUGUGAACAAAUAUAUUAAUUUUAUUUAUAUUGACUUCAAGACUUGAAACUAUAUUCAAUGCCUUCAGUGCUGUACAUUUGUUCAGAGGGCUCAGUCGCUUCAGGAAUCUUGUAGUUGCUUCUCGGUGUAAGUGAAGAUCUCUCUGUUGUUUAAUGUAUAUAUAUUUUUUUUAUUUCUUGCAUGUAUAUAUAUCAUAACAAGUGAUUUUGGCAAACAAUCAGACAGCUGAAUUAUUUACGUUAGUGUUAAUUGUAACCGUAUGUUCUUCUGUAAUCUCAAUAAUUUCAUAGUCGAACAUAUAAAAGAAACCAGCUGCAUAUGCACCUUGCUGAGCAAUACAUUUUAAUGGUGGGGGGGUUUUUUGGAGGAGGGGGGGGGGUGAUGUCUGAAGAAUGCUUUAUUGCACUUCCAAGUAAAUAUGUUAUUUGGAAUAUGUGGUAUGUAAUUGCUGAUCAAUAUAUCUAGCCAAUACAUGUUUUGAAUACAGGUAUACCUUAAUUUACUCGUGUAUGAAACUACCAGGUUAAUCCGGAAGGCUAAUCACCAUCGUUAGACUGGCGUAAUUCUUGUAAAUUGAAUUUGAGUAAAGUAUAUUGAUUUGUAAGACAGUUGAGCUCCAGAAUAUCAAUACAGUAGUACAUUGCCCAAGAUUUGAAAGGACUUGAAACAGCGUAGGGUAUGAUGUAACACGACAGACUGAUUUUAUAUUAUGUAAUAGAUAUUUGGACUGUGUGACUGCCAAAUUGUAAAUAACAUAAGAUUCAGUUUCUUUCUAUAAAAUAAGUAAAUUUUCUUUCAUUUUGCUGAAAUUACUUGAUUAAGUAAAUGAUUAAGCCACACUUCACAGACUUUAUCCAGGUUUGAUAUACCUUCACACAAGUUUGUUUUGGACAGCAUAUGUUGACCCAUCAGUGGGAUAUAUAUUUCUACACCUGUGUGCUUUUUGUUUUCAUGAUCAGUUUGACAUAAAACAACUACUGUUGUGUUCAGUAUUGUGUUUUAGAUCAUCCUUGCAAUCAGUACAUGGUAUUUCAAUUCAAAAUUAAAUUUAGCAGCCAAGAUGUACAGCUUAAUUUAGCAAGACACUCGCAGAGGAAUAUUGAAAUAUUUUAAUAAAGAAGACAUUAUAAAGACAACAUUUCAGUCAUUUUAAGAUUCCUUGUUUUUUCAUGUUCUAAUCUUGUUUUAUUUUUGUAUUGGCAUGAACGAUGUCAGACCUUGUGCUAAUGGUUGAUUUCAAGGUCAAAAAGAACUGGUAUAGUGAAAGUUUCUAUCCCUGUAUAUUUAUCUGUCACUGUUCAGUUGAUGUCUUUCCCUAUGGAACGACUGUAAAUUCAUUGACUUGAUACCAGAAUCAGUGUUUUAAACAACAUCCUGUUUCCUUUGUUUGUCAAAUGGCAAGAAUAAAAAAAUCAAAACUCUGUUCCACAAUUAAACAUUAGCAAUAUAAAUCAUUAAUUAUAAUAGUGAAAUUAAGGUAAUGAAAAUUAGAGAGAUCUUUAAGAAAUAACUGUGAAUACAUUCUCACAAAAUAAAUGCGUAAAUAGAUUUCUCCUGACUUAAACAAGGAAUAUACGGUAGUUUACUUCUGUAAGAUUUAUAGGAAUUGAUAACGUGACAAGGACACAGUUGUUUUGUUUCUCGUUCAUACAUUAGUUCCUUGACAGUUAAUUGGCAACCACAUUCAACACCAACACAUACUUUGAGGGGUUUUUUUUUAAGACUGUUGAAAAUGAGCUACAUUAAGAGUCUGUUAUCUACAUUUUUUCAGCAAAUGGCUCUUCGGUUCUUAAAGUGGUUAUUAAAAUGUCAUGUUUAUGAAUCUGCUAGCUAUGUGAUUGACUCUACUUAGGGCAACUGUUUUAUUACAUACUUGUUAUUACUGUGUUACAUGCUGUUUUGUAUUUAUUUGAAUGUAUGAUUUUCUUUUUUAGUUUGAUGUUAGAAUACAUGUUCAUGCUUGAAUUACUGGCAAUCUGCAUAUUUGUAUUGUAAUGAAUUUAGUUUAUAAAUUAUUUUGUUUGGACUAUGAUUACAUGUUGAAUCACAGUUUAUUCAGUAUAUGUUUAUGGUCAAUAGUAUGGUGGUUGAAUAUUAUGGAUAUUUUUAUGCCUUGGUUCAGAUUAUUUGAAUCAAAGUAUUAGUGUAUUUUUACAUUUAUUUUUUUUUUUAAAUUUCAAACAGAUUCGUCAAUACAGUCAUGUUGUUCUUAAAUCAAUAGUUAUGCAAAUUGUGUUUUAACCCUUUUAGUUUUAUCUAGAUGUGAAAUUAAUGGCCAUUUAUACAUUCCAUUCAUCAUCAGUAGAAGCAAGUAAGAGUUAUCUUUCUUACCUUCAGUCUCUCAUCCCCCUCACAACGGAGUGGCAGGGGGAACAGUAACUUCCCGUUCUGUACACUGUGUGUUCAUACGUCCAAGUGUUCAUUACAUUGGGUUCGGUACAGGAUUUUAGGCAAAGUAUUUGUCUGAUUUUUAUCAAACUUGUAGGAAUGGUACCUUGCAUAUAAAUCACAGUUCCCGGUCAUCUAAAAAAAAGUGAAGGUCACUGACAGUGAAAUGGGGUUAUUAUAACCUCUUUAAUUUUCCUGAAAAGUCCAGGAAUGGUGCAAUACAUAAAUACUUUGUAUAUCGGUUCAUAUCUGUUAUCAAGGUCAGUUAUAAAUGUCACUGGGGAGGAAAUUGGGGACCUUUUUGUGUUUUUAUUAAAAUUGGAUAAAUAGCUAUAUAAAUAUUCAGGUUCCUGUGGGUUUUUUUUAUAGAUCAAAUGUAAACUGUCAAAUUACGUGGAAAGAACAUUAUGAACUUCCUUGUGUACAACUUUUUUAGUGUGCUUGGUACCCAAUUUCUUGCGAGAUCUUGGUUCCGAAUCAAAGGACAAGGGCAUCGUAUGCACUAAUGGAGAUACUAUUUUGUUGUGAGGGGAUGCUCCCAUUUGUGGAGCCCGUGUAUUUCAAUUUGAAAAUGUUUAAAUGGUUUGUUGACUCUAACAAUCAGUGGGAGGAAUAUAUUGUUAUAUUCUGUUUCUGUUAAUGUUUGCUGUUGUUAUACUUUUGUGUAAAUUAAAAAUGCAAUUAA